AUGGCCCCCCACAUCGUGCUCCUGGUGCUGCUCGCCAGGACUCUGCAGUUGGCAGGACCAAUGAAGGCAACCCACGUUCACACCACAGUGACUGGACUCAUUGCCACCAGCUGUACCUUCGGGGGAGGGCUGUCUGUGAUCCAAACCGGUCCCCCCAUUAUGGUGUCUCUGGCCAACGAAAAGGUGAUGUUUGGCUGUAGCAUCACCUAUCAGUACAAGCCGCAGAAACCCAAAGUCAGCUACUUCUACACCGACCUGCAGGGCCACACCAGUUCCAUGGAGGACACAGGCUGCAGCCCUGGCCAAGGCAUCGAAAACCAGACCUCCACGUACCUUUGCAAUGUCACCCCCAAGCUGCACAGCGCCAAGGCCACCGGCACCUACUAUUGCUCGGUGCUCAGGGAGUCACAGUCGGCCCAAGGCAAAGGCACCUUCAUCCUGGUCCGAGACUCAGGGUACCAUGAGCCCCCCGAAGUCUCCCAGAAGACACUCCUCUUUUGUUGCCUUGGUAUCCUAUUGGUGCUGAGUGUCCUGGGCACGGCCUUGCUGCUCUGGAGGAAGAAACUGGUGAAGUUUCUGCAGAAGCCGCCCACCCGGAAGUGCUGGGACCCCCGCUCUGCCAGCAGCUCCCAGCAGCCAGCUACCACUGACUCCAUCUACACGGACCUUCAGCGCCAGGACACCCAGGUGUAUGCCUGCCUGCAGAGCCCGACCCCCUCCCAGAAUCUUCUUCCCCAGAGCUCUGGCAUCCCCAAUCCCAAGAAUGCCUGGGCUGCCUUUGGUGGUGCCCGCAGUACUGAGCCAUCUGGGGUGCUAGGCAGGAAGGAGAAGGCACGUGGCUUGGAGAGGGACAGCGACGGGCAACUGGUCUAUGAAAAUCUCUAG